CUCUCUCUCUCUCUCUCUCGCUCCCUUUUUUAAGACAUCAUAGUCCUCGCUGUCAGUUGCGUUUUGGCUGUCGUCGUGACUUUACAUGUUUCCCAAUGUGUCCGAAUUUGGCAGCGGGAUCAGCGUCUAUCUGGAUAGAAACGUGAGGGCCCAUUUCACCCAUGAGAGCUGUUUUAUUCCUUGUGAUUUUCGGGGCUCUGGACUCCUCGACAGGCUCAUCCGGUCCGCCGAGCCCUGUCAAUGUCACCUUCUCCUCGCUGAACCUGAUGAACGUGCUUGAAUGGCUCCCCGGAAAGCAAACUCCGAAGGGCACCCGCUACACCGCGCAGUUGGCCUUCUACGGUGACAGCGUGGGAGCGAGCGAGCAGCUGAACUGGAGGCCCGUGCCACGGUGCAAGGAAACGGUGAAUACCAGCUGCGAUCUGAGUAACGAGACGUGGGACCCUGAGGAGUCGUACUACGGGCGGGUGCGCGCCAGCGCCGGCGCCGCCAUUUCCGAGUGGGUCGAGACACCAAAGCGCUUCAAGCCCAAGGUUGACACAAGCAUUGGGCAACCUCAGAUCUCGGUGAAAGUGGAGGAGGACGUGGCCAUCGUGCGCCUGUGGGGUCCAAUGAGGUACCAGCCGGAUGAGCGCGGGCCGCCCAUGGCGGAACUUUAUCCGCAGAUGACUUACAACCUGUCGGUUCACGAUCGCAGUCGAGAGCGAGUGAGCCAUUUUGCAGUCCGAUCCAGCCCGUACAAAUACAGACUGAUGGAUUUUGAGGAAUACUGCUUCUCGGCCAAGGCCCGAUUCCCCGCGUGGCCUUUCCAGUGCCACCAGUCCGAGAGGCGCUGCAUCCGCGCGGACAAAGAUCCGGUCAGUGGGCAGGUGCGGCUGGCGGCUGUGGCCGUCGUGGUCCCAUCGCUGUGCAUCUGCGCCUCUCUGGUGCUGGGCUACCUUCUCUAUCACUACCUGACUGGCGACGGACAGAAACGGCCCCGUAGCCUGCUAAUGGACGUGGCUUCUUUGCACCUUCAACCCAACCUUGCGACCUUGCUGCCGGACCCCGUCGGCCCCUUGACGAGCCAGCGUAGCUCCGAGGAUGACGCCGAGAGCAACAAGGCGCCCGACUAUGUACGUGGCGGCCAGCGUCCGCUGCCGCCCCCGCCCGAAGAGCGUUGCGGUGACUCUUUGAGCUACGGUGUGGUCGGGCCGGCCGCGAUGGAUGGCGGCAAAGCGAGCGGCGCCCGCCCUGAAGAGUUGGCCCGCCCUGAAGAGUUGGGCCUUAACAAUGCCACCUCUCAGUGCUAUGUGCCGCCAGCGCAAAGCAGACAUGCUCUGGAUAAUGCCACCCAAACUCAGGCGGACUUUGCAACCACGUAUUUGGUGAAUACAGUUCCCGACGGCCUGAGAAUGGCCGCGACAGAGGUCACCGGGGACUCGUACCGGAGGCCCAAAGAAGAUAGGCCGCCGCCCGCCUUCACCUCCCGCGGUGACCCCUGGAACCUAGUCGCGGACAAUGCCGGCUUCCUGGCGCCGACGGGGGCGGAGCGAGACGAGGAAGGGGGACCGCUUUGCGUCCAACGGGACCCUGAAAAGAGGGAGCCGGUGCUGCGGCUGGAGAUGACGUCGGGUGGAGGGGAGGUCGCCGAGGCCGAUCUGAGGUCAGAGAAGCCGUUUGUCAGGUAUGCGUGUUGGGAGGAGGCGGAGCCGCCGUGCUGGGAAGUGGAGGACAUGGUGAGAAAAUGGGACUUGGUCAUCUCCGACAAGUAGGCCUGCCCGAGCUGCUGCCUGUUCUUCGGAAGUGGAUGUUCCACCAAGAUCUUUUCACGCAACUGGAGCACUGCACUUGUAACAGAAGCCUUACUUUUUUUUUUCCCUUUUCUGCUGUAGUUGGUCAAACCCUUUUUUUUUUUUUAACUUAUUUGUC